GCUCUUCCUGAAGCCAUGGCCCAACACUUCCCACCGGCCCAGUACCCCCCUCCACCACAGAAUGGGAUCCCUGCUGAGUACACCACUCCCCAUACCCACCCAGCGGCCGACUACACGGGACCAAGCACGGUGGCUGAGCACACCCUGACACUGUACACGCCGACGCACACACACAGCGAACAGCCAGGAAAUGACAGCAACUCCCCCGCUCUCACAGCCAACACAGUAACUCAGGCAGAGGAGGCUGUACAGACGGAGGGCUCCCAGCAGCUCCAUACUGCAGCCAUGGGCCUGCAGCCCAAUGAUUCAUCUGGGAAGCAGCAGCCUAAGAGGUUACACGUUUCCAACAUCCCUUUCCGUUUCCGGGAUCCUGACCUCCGGCAAAUGUUUGGGCAAUUUGGCAAGAUUUUAGACGUGGAGAUUAUUUUUAACGAACGAGGCUCCAAGGGCUUUGGGUUUGUAACAUUUGAAACGAGUGCAGAUGCUGAUCGUGCACGGGAGAAACUAAAUGGUACAAUCGUAGAAGGACGAAAAAUCGAGGUCAACAAUGCCACAGCCAGAGUAAUGACCAACAAAAAGGUGGCAAACCCUUACACAAACGGCUGGAAGCUGAAUCCAGUGGUUGGAGCGGUAUAUGGUCCUGAAUUUUAUGCAGUGACAGGCUUUCCAUACCCCAGUACAGGAGCAGCCACAGCCUAUAGAGGGGCCCAUCUUAGAGGGAGAGGUCGGGCCGUCUACAACAUGUUCCGUGCUGCACCUCCUCCUCCACCUAUCCCUGCCUAUGGAGCUGUGGUCUACCAAGAUGGCUUUUAUGGGGCAGAAAUAUAUGGAGGGUAUGCAUCUUACAGAUAUGCCCAGCCAGCUGGUACUGCUACAGCUGCGUACAGUGACAGUUAUGGCAGAGUCUAUGCAACAGCAGACCCAUAUCACCAUACGAUUGGUCCUGCAGCCACUUACAGUGUGGGUACUAUGGCUAGCCUUUACAGAGGAGGGUGCAGUCGCUUCACUCCCUACUAG